ACUGUUUCCACCGGAUACCGGAUCGGUGAUCAACAGACGGCAUUGGCAGGCUCGGAGCGGACCUCUUGACAAGACAGAUUCGUUCCUCUGAUUCUUCUUGGCAGGUUCUCAUCUGCGCAACUUGUUUCACAAAUCAGCUCAGAAUUCCACAAACACCAACGAAUAUUGCAAUUCUUCAUUGCCCUUGCGGGUUUUUGGGUAUUCCAAGGCUUGGCCAAAGAGGUUCUCACCAAACGGGAAACCACGCUUUGGUUUUUUUACCAUCAUAUCAGUCAGAUCAGUCAUCCAACCACUGACACAUUCCUGGCAUUCACAUUUCCAGUCAGGACUUGGCACCAGUCAAUGACUCUGUCAUAAAACUGUUAGAGAAAUUGCCGUGAGCGCUGUGUCUGCUCGUUCUCUUACAUAAGUCGAGUCUUCUCGGCAGCCCAAGGUUCCAACUUUGUUGACCAACAUCAAAACCCAAGAGGUUUCCCCAAUACCUCUCUCCCGUCUAACUUGCAAUCAAAUCUGCAAUCAACACCAACCACAAAAAUGGGCACCCCCUUCAUCGCCACCCUCGAGCCUCCUGGUCUCGCCCUUUCCCCCUGGAACGCCUCUCUCCCCCCUUCCCAGCAAUCCUCCUCCACAACCAGCACCAUCCCCAAGACCUUCCUCGACGCCAUGACCAUCCGCGAGUCCGUCUUUAUCAACGAGCAACAAAUCCCCGCCGAAAACGAAUUUGACGCCAACGAUGCUCGCUCCGUCCACUUCGUCAUCUACGCCUCCAUCAACCAAGUCGUCCAGCAAGAGGAGCGGGACGCGAACAGUGGGAGAGUCAUGAGGCCAAGAAAGUCAGAGACGCGGUCGGUGCCAAUUGGCACGGUCAGGAUAGUCCCUUUUCCUCACGCCCCGCAUCCUGUCAAGGGAGGGAAGUAUUUGGCUGACGAGUUGGUGAACCUGGAGGAGCUGGACUCGGAGACCAAGAAGGCGUUGGAGGUGGUGCAGAGGGGCGGGAAAGAUCGCAAGACAAGUUUGCACGAUGGAGAGGAAGUCUACAUGAAACUGGGGCGACUGGCUGUCUUGAAAGAGUUUCGCGGUCGUGGCAUCGCAGGCCAGCUGAUCAGGCGCGCCUUGGACUGGAUGAAAGAGCACCCCAGGUAUUUCAGCCCGUCGGUCAAGGAGAGGGGGUUCGAAGCCCUGGGAAUCGAUCCGGAAAGGGACGCGAGGAUGAUGCCUAAGUGGCGAGGUCUGUUUUGCGUUCACGCCCAGGUCAGUGCCGUCGGUGCUUGGCAGAGGGCUGGCUUUGUGGUAGAUGAAGAGAUGGGGAGGUGGUGGGAGGAGGGGAUUGAGCAUGUUGGCAUGUUUUGUCGGGUGGAUGCGAGGGCGUAGGGGUAUCUGCCGGAGUCGGGGCUGAGGACGAAUGGACAUUGGGGGAUAUUGGGCAAAGAUGUUGGUGGUUGGUAGUGGUAUUUGUGACAGUGUUUCCUUCUUGUUAGCGGGUGUGUGUGACAUUGAUACCAUAAAAAGGGUGAUGGGAAGAUGGGUCAUAAAGGGCUAGAGGAAGUCUUGAGUCGUUAAUUCACUUGAUGGCAGAAGUACCGCCCUAUUGAAACUAAUACAUGAUGAAGUAUGAGCAGCUAGACUUCUGUAGCGGUGACGUUAAGCAGGAGCCUGAAGCGGCAGAUGACUUACGUCAUGUUGUUGGAGCCAGGGAGAUUCAGCGAAAAUGCUUCCUUGCUAUUAGCGCUUGCGAUAUGUUGUAUCAUACAAAAAGAGGGUAGGGACGUUAAGUCUGAAAGCAAAAAGGUGUUGGA